GACCACUACCUCUAAAAUGAGUCUCUCUGGGGAGAGAGAGGAGGAGACCACUGCCUCUAAAAUGAGUCUCUCUGGGGAGAGAGAGGGGGGGACCACUGCCUCUAAAAUGAGUCAAGACACCAGUUCAAAGAAUGUCCAGAAGCCCAGAGGAGAGUCCCCUACAACCAGCCUGGUAUCAAUGAAGAGUGAUCAGCCACCUGCUUUCAGCCAGGAACCAUUACCAGAUGACAAUAAGGAAGUGGAGAGUUUGGACAGUGAGGAUGCAUUAAAGAUCACACACAACCUUCUGGACAGAAGAAGUCAAACUCUGCUGACAGUACAACAAGACAUUAAGGCUAAACUGAAACACAAGUAUCAACACAUAUCUGAAGGAAUUGGACACCAUGGAAACCAAAGUCUGUUCAAAGACAUCUACACAGAGCUCUACAUCACAGAGGGUGGAAGUGGAGGGCUCAAUAAUGAACAUGAGGUUAGACAGAUAGAGAUGGCAUCCAAUAAACAAACCACACAAGAGACACCAAUCAAAUGCAACGACAUCUUCAAGCCUUUACCUGGACAAGACAAACCUAUCAGAACUGUGCUGACCAAAGGAAUCGCGGGCAUUGGAAAAACAGUCUCUGUGCAGAAAGUCAUCCAUGACUGGGCAGAGGGAAAAGCAAAUCAGGACGUUCAUUUCAUGUUUCCUCUUCCUUUCCGUGAUCUGAACCUGAAAAAGGACCAAUACAGUCUGAUGCAACUUCUUUCCCACUACUUCUCAGAGCUGAAAGAGAUUGACAGCAUUGAAGAUGGUGAAAGCAAAACUGUUUUCAUUUUUGAUGGUCUGGAUGAGUGUCGACUUCCUCUAGACUUCAAAAACAAUGAGAAGUGCUGUGAUCUCACGAAGCCAACCUCAGUGGAUGUGCUGCUGACAAACCUCAUCGAGGGGAAUCUGCUUCCCUCUGCACUCCUCUGGAUAACCACACGACCUGCAGCAGCCAAUCAGAUCCCUCCUGAGUGUGCUGACCAGGUGACAGAGGUAAGAGGGUUCAAUGAUCCACAGAAGGAGGAGUACUUCAGGAAGAAGAUCCCAGAUCAGAAUCUGGCCAAUGAAAUCAUCAAACACAUGAAGACAUCAAGGAGCCUCCACAUCAUGUGCCACAUGCCAGUCUUCUGUUGGAUAUCAGCCACUGUCCUUGAGAUGAUACUGAAAGGGGCAGAGAAGGAUGAAGUCGUCAAAACUCUGACCCAGAUGUACUUACACUUCAUGCUCAUCCAAAUCAUUGUGAAGAACAGGAAGUACAACAAAACCACAGAGACAAACCCAAAGGAACUGUCUCAGUCAGACAAAGAGAUGAUCCUGAAACUGUCAAAGCUGGCUUUCCAACAGCUGCAAAAGGGCAACCUGAUCUUCUAUGAGGAGGACCUGAGAGAGUGUGGCCUUGAUGUCACAGAGGCAUCAGAGUACUCAGCAUUGUGUACAGAGAUCUUUAAAGAAGAAUCUGGGCUGUACCAAGACAAGGUCUACAGCUUUGUGCAUCUGAGCAUUCAGGAGUUUCUAGCAGCAGUGCAUGCUUUAGAAUCAUGUCUGUCCAAGAAGGAUAUUGUUUUCCCCCCCGAUGAUGAAGAUGAGGAGGAGAAGGAUGUUGAAGAUGAUGAAGAAAAGGGGUCAAUCCAGUUGUCUGACUUACACAGGAGAGCAGUGGACCAGGCCUUGAAGAGUGAGAAUGGACACCUGGACCUGUUCCUCCGCUUCCUUCUGGGUCUCUCACUGGAGUCCAAUCAGAAUCUGUUACCAGGCCUUCUGACACAGACAGGAAGUACAACACAGACCAAUGAGGAAACAGUUAAGAGAACAGUCAGGUACCUUUCAGACAAGAUCAACCAGGAAUCCUCACCAGAAAGGAUCAUCAACUUGUUCCACUGUCUGAAUGAACUUGGUGCCAAUUCUCUUGUUGAAGACAUGCAGACCUCCCUGCAUUCAGGAACUCUUUCAGAAACAAGACUAGAACCUGACCAAUGUUCAGCCCUGGCCUACCUGUUACUGAUGUCAGAGGAGGUGCUGGAGGAGUUUGACCUGAAGACAUACAACACAUCAGAGGAUGGUUAUCAGAGGUUGCUGCCUGUAGUGAAAACCUGCAAGAGAGCACUACUGGAUCGCUGUAAACUCACAUAUAAAUCCUGUGAGACUCUGACCUCAGCUCUGCAGACACCAAACUCCCCCCUGAGAGAACUGGACCUCAGCUACAAUGACCUGGGAGACAGAGGAGUGGAGCUGCUCUGUGUUGGACUAACCAGUCCACUCUGCAACAUACAGACACUAGUACUGGUUGACUGUAAAAUCACACAUGAAUCCUGUGAGACUCUGACCUCAGCUCUGCAGACACCAAACUCCCCCUUGAGAGAACUGAACCUCAGCAACAAUGACCUGGGAGACAGAGGAGUGGAGCUGCUCUGUGUUGGACUAACCAGUCCACUCUGCAACAUACAGACACUAGUACUGGUUGACUGUGAACUCACAUAUGAAUCCUGUGAGACUCUGGCCUCAGCUCUGCAGACACCAAACUCCCCCCUGAGAGAACUGGACCUCAGCUACAAUGACCUGGGAGACAGAGGAGUGGAGCUGCUCUGUGUUGGACUAACCAGUCCACUCUGCAACAUACAGACACUAGUACUGGAUGACUGUUACCUCACAUAUAAAUCCUGUGAGAUUCUGACCUCAGCUCUGCAGACACCAAACUCCCCCCUGAGAGAACUGGACCUCAGCUACAAUGACCUGGGAGACAGAGGAGUGGAGCUGCUCUGUGUUGGACUAACCAGUCCACUCUGCAACAUACAGACACUAGUACUGGUUGACUGUGAACUCACAUAUGAAUCCUGUGAGACUCUGGCCUCAGCUCUGCAGACACCAAACUCCCCCCUGAGAGAACUGGACCUCAGCUACAAUGACCUGGGAGACAGAGGAGUGGAGCUGCUCUGUGAUGGACUAACCAGUCCACUCUGCAACAUACAGACACUAGUACUGGUUGACUGUAAAAUCACACAUGAAUCCUGUGAGACUCUGACCUCAGCUCUGCAGACACCAAACUCCCCCUUGAGAGAACUGGACCUCAGCUACAAUGACCUGGGAGACAGAGGAGUGGAGCUGCUCUGUGUUGGACUAACCAGUCCACUCUGCAACAUACAGACACUAGUACUGGUUGACUGUAAAAUCACACAUGAAUCCUGUGAGACUCUGACCUCUGCUCUGCAGACACCAAACUCCCCUCUGAGAGAACUGGACCUCAGCUACAAUGACCUGGGAGACAGAGGAGUGGAGAUGCUCUGUGUUGGACUAACCAGUCCACUCUGCAACAUACAGACACUAGUGUGAGUUAAAUAUCUUCAGUAUGAGUUAUUAUGUGGAUGUUUUAAACAUGUGUUAAUCAUGUGCUCUUCUGCCCUCUAGUCUAGGUCAGUGUGGUCUGA